UCCGAAUCAGUCGUCUCAGUGUAUAUAUUAUAAUAAUAAUAAUAUUAUAGAGAGCAGUAUUGUACACAUGUGCACCGCACAUAUUUCGUGUGUAUUUAAUAAAUAAUAAUAUUAUCGCGAUAUAAUAUUAUAAUAUAUACGCAACUCAUCGUACGCACCACUCGAUGACGAGAGUUCCGUCGCGAUAUCGCAAGCUUGAAACACUAGUAUAGUUACCUAUUGCCCGGACCGCACAUCAUGAUGAGCAACAGGUCGCGCUCUGGCCGCCCGACGUAGACGCCGCGUACGCAUGUCCGAGUGUUAGACCGUUUUGACAGUAUAUAGUGUAAUGUGAUUUAUUUAUUUUUUGACACGCGCCUUUGCCGUUAUUAUAAUAUUAAAUUUAGGAUUUUUUUUUUAUUCCGUUCUCUCGUCAUGCCGACGACACCGCAAAUGAUUAUGAUCUCUGCGAUGGUCCCGACGUUGGCAAUGUUCGUCUGUUCGACGUUUUCCGCCGCCACGGCGGCGCCGCAGGGGACGUCGCCCGACGACGAAACCGUGGCGGACAUAUCACACGAAUCGUCGAAUAUGGUGCGUUUUGUGUUAUCGGAUAUACCGCCUGUGUACCAUUGCAACGACAGCUUGCAAUGCCCAUCUGAAUUUGGUUUCACCAGGUGCGAAAAUCACCUGUGUGUGUGCGACGAGAAUUUCUAUCAAGUACUCAACAAGACUUCUGAUACUACCUACUGUCGCCUAUGUUCACUGUUUCAAGAAAGCUGCGCCGUCACACAAUGCUGUGAAAAUCCACAUGCCACGUUUUGCUUCAACGGUUUGUGCGUAUGCAGGCCUGGAAUGGACGAAGAGUGUCUUUUGAUGAUUUACAGAGGCAGGUAUACUCCGACGCUGGGCAUUCAGUUGGCCAACACUCUUUCAGUGUCGUUCGCAUUCGUCUUCCUUGCCAUUACAUUCGUCGCGGUCAUUAGGAAAACGUUAUUCAGGUGCAGUUUUUGCAGAUGCGAUUCGAUGAGCAGAGUAGCUAGUGACAGUUCACUGAACGAGUUCAUUAAGCAAAAAAUGCAAAACAGGCCGCCGUGUUACGACGACAUCGAAAAAGACCGUAAAGUUCCUAUUGCUGACUGCAGUACAAGUGUAUGCACUAAUAACCAUCAGCCUCCGCCCGAGUACGGCGCUAUUCACUUCGGCCGGCAGGGCACGGUGCUGCGCGGCUCGUUGAACCCGUCCCUGUCGAUCAGCGACGAAGUGGAAAUGAACACGGCCCCGCCUAACUAUUCGACGUUCACGACCGUCACCCAAGUCACGCUGACGACGAUGACAACGGCCGCUGAAACGCCAACCGUUCGGACCAACGACGAGAUCAUUCUCACGCAACCGAUCUACGCGAAUCGCGAAUUCUUGCGACUCGGGUAGACCAUCCUCCGUGAGAUGUCCGCGAGACCGCAUAUAUAUAAUAUAUUAUGCACACAUUAUAUUAUUAUCGUAUAUUAUUAUCGUAUUGUACGACUUGAAUAUAUACGACCGGUCUCGCGAUCUCUACUGUACAGAUCACUGCUCACAUUGUAUUAUGUAUACGGACUGGGGUAAUACGAUAAUAUAAUAUUCCGUCCUAUGUACUUAUAUAUAUAUAUAUAAUUAUAUAUAAUAUUAUGUGAUGCCGUAUGACUGUUUUGCGUAUUUCGUUAUAAUUUUUUUUUUGUCCCUUUUCGUGCUGUACGUUACCUACCAAUAUAUAAAUAUAUAUAUAUAUAUACCUAUUAUAUAAUAAUAAAUAAUAAUAUAAAUAAUAGGCGAAUAUGUGAAUAAAACGACCGACGACUGUGUACAGACGACUGACUCUACGUCGACCGCUUAUAUCGUGCGAGUUUGAACGUUUGAGAUGAUUAUUAUUGUAUUGCAUUUUGUUCUUUUUUUUUUCUUUUCUUUUUCGUUGUUCAGUAUUUGUACCUGUUUGUAUUUUUGUUAUUUUUGCACGAUUUAAUUGUAUUGUGUACGCGUCGUAUACAUUUUAUUUUUAUACAUAGAUAUAUUCAUUAUCAUCAGUGAUAUUCAAUGUGAUAUUGUAGUAAUAAUAAGUUAUACCUAAAUAGAUAAAUACGUGAGUCCCUAGCUAAUACGUAAACCGCGGCCUAUUAUUUAACCUGCGCACGUUACCUACGACUGAUGAUAUUAUAAGUGAACGUUAAACUCGUGUUGUUUUUUUUAACGUCAUCCGUUAAAUAUAUCUGUACAUGUAUAAAUAAUAAUUAUGUACCUAUAUGUAUAUGAUGCUAAUUGAUAAAUAAAACGAAUAAAUAUACGAUUUAUAAA